ACUGACAGUCUCAUGUGGGAGUGUUUUGAUCAGACUUCAAGGCUAAAGACAUGCCACUUCAGACAAGCAGAAGAAAGCUGCUGCUGCUGAACAGCACUGGUACUGGUGGAUUUUUUAUUGAGAAGAAGCCGGGUUUUGUGGACACAGAAAUGACUGUUGCCAAAGUCAUGCCAGUGGAUCUGGCCAUGCAUAGGCGCCUGAAUAGCCAGAAUCCAGAACAACUUUUGGACCAACUUUUGAACAUGCCCAUACCGAGAUACCAUCGUUCUCUUCCGAGACCUCACAUAUAUGAUUCUCUGAGGCCCAAAGCUGCAAGAUCUCCCCCGAUUCCUGCCACUCCAGUGAAAGUCCUAAACUCUACAAGCCCUAGUGGGACACUCAAGAAGAAAAAACGAGUUGUAUUCGCAGAUGAUAAAGGACUGGCCCUGACUACAGUGCGGCUCUUCCAAGCAGAUCCCCCAGUAUCUGAUGAGGAGGAGUUAACCCUGCCUGUCAAGAUAAAGACUGAGUCAUCUGUGCAAAGCAAGAAGCCACGUCUCCAGUUGGGUUUCCCUCAGCCUUCUGCUGAUUCACCAUCAUACCGUGAAAGUUUGGCCAAAUCUCUGGUGCAUUUGCAGAGCUGCAACUUGAUCUAUGGAUCGCUAGUGGGAAAGGUGAGGGUCUGCAACAUCAGUCCAGAGAAAGCUGUGCAUGUCCGCAUCACAUACGACUCAUGGAGGAGCCACCAGGACAUCCAGUGUACCCCAGUCCAACAGAAGAAUGAGAGUACAGAGACAGAACUGUUUGUUUUUAACAUUCCUGUCCCUUCCUGUCCUAGUGAACAGGAUCGUGUGGAGUUUUGCGUGUCCUUCCGUCCUGGAUCUGGCAACGUGAUUUUGUGGGACAAUAAUGGUGGACAAAACUAUCAAAUCCUUGUGGAAGACAUGGACUCAAAAGAAGUGUCCUUUGUUGAGAAAAAACCCUUGAGGCCCCAGAAUGUUGAAAUCGCCCAAUCAUUGCCCCUGAGAAAUGGUCCAGUUUUGUAUAAAUCGGCAAAACUUGGCUCCCUCACUUCCUACAAGAAUAUGAUUCCCAUGGAUAGACAGACCUUGACUAGGCAAGAGAACAUUAUCCCAAAAAGUAAUUCUAACAAUGCUGGCAAAUAAUUCUAGAAUGGGUGAUGGGUUUUGUAUAUAUCGGUCCCUUAUCUUUUUCAUUAUCAUCAUCCAUGUUGGAUGAACUUUGUCAUAAACAGACAUCAAGUGGGACUGACCUACAGACAGACACCCAUGUUUGUGCUACUUCGCUCCUCUCCAACUUGCCUGUGUGAGUCAGUGUUGACGACGUGAGACAGCUGUGUCUCUCUUGAGCCUUGUGCACCUGUAUAGCAGAUGUGUAUCUGAUCUGACAACAAACAUCAGCACUUGCUCAUCAAGUUCAGCCAAUUUCAAGCUGUGAAGGUCUCUCACUUCCUGUGAGGUGGCUGUACUCCGACAAAUAAUGUACCUACAGAUGUGAAAUGACUCAUGUCAUAUAUGUAAUAUAACUAUUUGAAAGUUUUCAAUUUAUAUAUUUAUUUAUGACAAAUGCACAAAUAAAGAUGUAUUCUGAGAUAAA